AUGCACCCAAGCCUCCGCACCCUGACCGCCCAAGCCAUAAUCAACCAGACAUCUACGACGACAGCAGUCCAGUCUUCCACCGCCACCAUCAAACAACAACACGACGCGCCACAUCAGCUGAUAUCAAGUCACACAGAGUCCGAACAUGACGCCUCUUCUCUCCCAGACCAGCAAGGCGAGAUGGACGUCAUUUUCGAGCACGACAUGGAUGAAGAGGUCGAUGAUGUGGACAACGAGGAGAUCGGCGCGGUUAAACCAGAUGCUCCCCAAUUCUCUGGACCCGAUGGCGAGCUCAAGGCCUGGAAGCCCCGAUACCCCAAGGCCAGCCGGGCAAACGGUACUGCCGUCACCACCACGCGGACCACGUGGACGUGGAGACCGAAAACUCCCGGACAAUUGGAACUCAGACAAGCCGAAGCCAUUGCCCAGAUCUUUCCCACUUCUCCUCACGCCCACAACAAUAUCAGCACCUAUCCAUUACCUCCAGACCAACUACACGGAUAUAGCUACCACCGUCCCCUCCUCUUGGCCUUCCCUGCUAGCACCGAAUCCCUCUCUCCACAAGAUCCCGUAGCUGCAGCUCGCAAGCAUCGCGAUGCCCUCCUCACUUGGUUCGACAAUUACUCCGCAGCUCGCCCAAUGCCGUGGCAGAAGCCUUGGAUUGAUCCCAGUCCUUUGCUUUGCCCUACCAGCACGGACAAUAUGCCUUUCACCACCGACGCAGCCGAACAAGAAAAGCAAGCACAAACUCUCCAGACCCUUCGCUCCAGCAUCCGCCAACGUUUUUACGAAGUCCUCCUCGCCGAAAUCCUGCGCCAAGUCCUCCACGAAACCGUUCGCGAGGAGACGAUCAAGCGUGUUACAGCGUAUUAUAGCCGGUGGAUACAAGCUCUUCCAACGAUUGAGGACCUGGCCAAGUCUGAGGUAAAACAGGUGGAGGAGUUUUUCUUGAAGAGAGACAUCCGCAUUGUGCGUUUUCACAUGACAGCAAGGCAAAUCUGCAGCGGGAACGGUACCAAUAACCACAAGAAUGGUGUUGGGCUACCGACCACGAUCGAAGAGCUCCAGAAUCUACCGGGUCUCGGGCAGCACACUGCUGGCUUGGUGGCUGCUGUAGUCUUCGGACAAGCAACGCCAAUGGUAGAAGUCGGCGUCGUUCGUGUCCUGGCCCGGCAACUAGGACUCAGAGCGGAUAUGAACCAGAAGGAAAACAAGGAGGUGAUCUGGGCCGCGGCGAGGAGACUGGCGGUGCAAGUGGCUUGGGAUGGAGUUGAAGUCGAAGAGGAGGCGAAGCGAAAGGAUAUGAACAAGAGAGGGCACUCGGUUGACAGACAAAACCGAGGGCCGCCCCCGCUAAGUGAUCGGGCGGGCCGCUGGGGUCAAGCACUGAUGGAACUGGGAGCAACCGUAUGUCUCCCGGCGCCAAAGAAUCCCAAGUGCGAGUUGUGUCCUAUCCAAGCCACGUGCAGAGCGUAUGCGGAAGGGUUGGAACUCGCAAGGGAGAAGGGGUUGGUUGCGAAAGAGAAGGACAGCAAGCGAGAGGUAAUGGGCAUCGAGGAUGCGGCGUGUACCUUGUGUCCUCCUGCUCUGCCCAGCGCCAAGAACACUCAGGCCCCUUUGACAAACAAGGACAAGAAAGCCAUCUCCUCCACCUUCUACGAACGAGACAUGUGGUUGAGAACCGAGGUCGCGGCUAGACUCAGCCAAAACACCGAACCAAGCAAGCUUAUUGAUCCAACGGUCAUGGAGUUUCUCGGUGCUUAUUGCCGCCAAUAUCCUCUUCUUUACUACGGUCAGCCCAAAUCCCAAAAAUAG